AAUUCAUAAGUAUUGUAUCAGUUCACGUUUUUUGAAUAUUAUUAACAAGAAGAUCAAAUGGAAACCGAAACAAGUACAUCAGAAGAACGAGACAAGAGUACAUCUAAUGAUCCUAAUGGUCUUGAUACAAUAGAACAAAAGUUAGAAAUGUAACUGAAAGGUGAAGAGAGCUUGUAUUGAAUAAUAUGACAAUAAUUGCUUUGGCACAAGCAAGACCAAAAGGAAUAUCUGACAAAGAUUUGGUGAGUGAAAUUCCAAAUAUACAACCAGCCCAAAGAGCACAGAUUAUAAAUAAGUUAUUAUCUCAAGGAUAUUUCGAUUUGUUUAAACAUGGUGGAUCAUUACUUUAUCGGUUAAAAGAUCCGUCUAAAACAAAAAUUGCUAAGGGUGCUGAUAAUGAAGAGAAAAUUGUAUAUAGUAUAAUUGAAGAAGCUGGGAAUAAAGGAAUAUGGAUUAGAGACAUAAGAUUUAAAUCUAAUCUAAUGCCUAUUCAAUUGAAUAAAAUUCUCAAAAGUUUGGAAACCAAAAAGUUUAUUAAAGCGGUGAAAUCUGUAGCAGCUAGUAAAAAAAAAGUAUACAUGCUUUAUAACUUAGAACCGGAUAGAUCUGUUACUGGUGGUGCAUGGUAUCAAGAUCAAGAUUUCGAAGCAGAGUUUGUAGAUAUUCUUAACCAACAGUGUUUUCGAUUUUUGGAACAAAAAAGAGAAGAAGCGAAUAAAUGGGACGGCGGACCUAUAGAUGCUAGAAAUAUAGCAUUCGCCUCAUCUAAAGAAGUUUGGAAAUUUAUUUCAGAUUUAGGAAUAAGCAAGGUAAAAUUGUCGGUUGAGGAUUUGGAAAUGAUUUUAAACACUUUGAUAUACGAUGGAAAAGUAGAAAAAACAUUAUCCAGUGAUGGAAGCAAUUUAUAUAGAUCCGUACAACCUUUAUUAACUUCUCCAGGGCUAAUUAAAGUCCCUUGUGGAGUUUGUCCUGUCAGAAAAAAUUGUUGCGAUAUAGGAGAUGUUACACCUACGAAGUGUCAAUACAUCAUGGAGUGGAUGGAUUGAAAAUAUUAUGAGGAUAAUUUCUCGAUAGAAAUAAUAAAAUGCAAGGAUAUCAAGGGACCCACCGAUCAAUUACACACAAUUACUACCUAUAAAAAAAAAAUAGGACAAUAUUAAUAAAAAUAAAUGAAGUAGUUUACUCUCCACGUCUGUACAUAAUUUAUAAAAAUAUAAUUUAAACAAGUACAAUUAAGAAUGUAAAA